GCCCAUCAGGCUGGCGGCCGGAAGUGUUGCUACAGGCGCGUUUCCUGGAAGCGAGGCCAGUGCGGGCGGACGCAGCCGAGGGAUCCAGCGAUGGAGGCGACGCCGGGGCCCGGAGAAGCAGGCGGCUCUAGCUGCCGGCUGGAGUUCGCCGUGCAGAUGAACUGCCAGGAAUGCGUGGAUGCCGUGCAGGCCUCUCUGCAAGGAGCAACAGGGCUCCGGGUACUGGACAUUCGGCUAGACUCUCAGAGUGUGCUGGUGGAGACCAGCAUGAGUGCUGGGAAGGUGAAGGGCCUGCUGGAGAGCACAGGCCGCCGGGUUGUGCUGAAGGGCAUGGGGAGCACUGCGCCACAGAACCUCGGUGCAGCUGUGGCCAUGAUGUCAGGCCCCAGCCUGGUCCAAGGGGUGGUGAGAUUCCUGCAGGUCUCGCCAGAGAAGUGUCUCAUUGAAGGGACUAUUGAUGGCUUGGAGCCAGGGUUGCAUGGGCUGCACGUCCAUGAAUUUGGGGAUGUCACGAACUCCUAUGACAGUUGUGGAGAUCAUUUCAACCCAAAUGGGGAGCGUCACGGGGGCCCGCAGGAUGCGCACAGGCAUCUCGGAGACCUUGGCAACGUGCUGGCUGGCAGUGAUGGAAGAGCAGACUUCCGGAUGGAGGACAGCCAGCUAAAGGUCUGGGACAUCAUCGGCCGCUCUCUGGUGGUGGAUUCUGGUGAGGACGACCUUGGCCAUGGGGGUCACCCACUCUCUGAAGUCUGUGGGAACUCGGGUGAGAGGCUGGCCUGUGGGAUCAUUGCCCGAUCUGCUGGGCUGUUCGAGAACCCCAAGCAAAUCUGCACCUGCGAUGGCGUGACGCUGUGGGAGGAGCGGGAGAAGCCAGUGGCAGGGCCAGGCAGGAGGGUGCUUGGCCAGCCUGCCCCUCACCUGUAGGAUUACAGCCUUCCUUUCUCCACGUUGUGCCUACUGGUUGUUGCUCUAUGCCAGGGCUCAGUGUGGUUCUAGCAUCAAAUGGGUGGCGCUUUGGGCCUGCAGUAUGGGAGCUCUGACGUGACCUUUAGGUGGGGACUGGACUUCUCCACAGCAUCUCCCUCUCAUAGCACAGUCUUGUUCUUCUAUUGUCAACCUCUGAGCAGCUUUGUGUCCUGACCCUUCCCCAGCUGGGUGCUGCUAAACUCGCUGCAGAUGAUGUCUCAUUUUAUAGGGGAGCUGUAAAUAGGCUUUGAAGUUUUUUGCUGCUUUGGGAUUUGUAAAGGCAGUGAAAAAAGCAUCUUAAUUUUUUCCCCCUUGCUUAUUUGUUCCUUUUUAAACAGCAGGGAUAUCAAGGGUGGUUUGGUGCAGGAACUAGAAAUGGGGAGGCAGGGAGCUUGGGAGUUCUCAUGAUCACUUUUGCACUAAGUAAAUUGGUUGGGGGUUGAAUCUUGAAUAAUAAAAUAUUAAUAAUUAGUUUA